AUGGCAGAGAAGCGAAAGCAGCCCGGGCCUGGUAAGAAUCGUGGCGGCCGGCCCCGCAAGAAGAGACUGGAAGAUGCAGCGGAGGCCUCUCCAUCCCCAAAGCGACAGCGAAGAAAGGAGUCCUCGGCCACGCCGUCGAAAAAGGCUACUGUGACACCCGUACCGUCUCUUCCCGUAGAGCCUCCCGCCGAAGAAACACUUCCUACCAAGAUAUCCGAGAAUCAAACGCUACCAACCCUUCCCCGGCCGCAAACACAGGGCUCCUUAUCUGACUAUCAGUCAUAUGCAGAGAGUGGUGUUAUUACUGCUGCGCUGCAUCGAUCACGGACGAGAUGGCUUCAUGACUGUCUUUUCGAGAAGUACUGGACUAAGCCAUCAAAGAAAAAGAACCAACCUCAGCCGACAUUUCAAAAUCCUCCAAAGGACUCAAUGACCAAGUUGGGACCUUGCACGAUGGUUAUUGAGCCUCACUACUUCGAUAUCAUGCUAUAUACCGUACGACGGCCGCAAUCCCAACAGCCGAACCAGCAACAGCAGCAGAAAUCCAUGGCCCAACUCCAGUAUACACCCCCAAGUAACUCGAACCAGUUUCAUGAGUACAAUCCUCGGUUGCCUGCAGCCCAGGCGCCCCCGAAUAGACCCUCUAAUGCUGUCCCUGCCCCUCAGGCACCUCAACAGCCACAACAGCAAUACCAACAUCACCAACAACAAACAUUACCUCCUCCUCCUCCACAACCACCAACACAACAGCAGCGGCAACCACCUCCAUUGCCCCAGAAUCCUCCCAUUUCGCAGACUCAAAAAUCUCUGUCUACUAAUCCACCGCCUCCUGGGCCGGUUCACCAACCCCCACCAUCUCACCCUCAUGGCCAUAACGCCCCACAGAGGCCACCAAACCCUCCACCUGGGAAGCCAAGUACUGACCCAGUUAUCCAGCUCCUCGCCAAUAGAGCUGCCACCAACCCUGACCUAAGGGCAUUGAUGAGGAUAGUAGCGGACAGCCAGGCUGACCAGGAACAGCUUCGAGCUUUCCAGGCACAUAUCGACGAAAUAAACGCAAUAAUUGCUAGUAGAAAUUCGAAGGACUCACAGCCAAACCAACCACCAGCAAAGCCAAAUCCCCCUGCACAGCAGGCCGCACAUCCUACUCCGACUGGCGUUGCACAAAACCAAGGACCUACACCCAUUGCAUCGCGUAAUCCAGCAGCUCCGCCUGGGCCAGUGCCCUAUCAUCCUCAGAAUCAACAUCAAAAUCCCCAUCCUCCCGGAAUACUAUAUGGCCCCGGGCCCCCAGGGCAACAAGGGACACAUCCCAUUAAGGCUAAGCAUACCCAGAAGGUUCCUCCGCCUCACAGUGGAUCUUUCCGUCCGCAUUAUUCACAGCCGGUUUCACAGCCUGCGAGAAUUGAUAUCAAAAGUGUGGUUUUCGAGUUUAUUCUACCCGCGGGCUCAAAUAAUGGCCCGACUGGAGAUCGAUAUUUAUUCCCAGAGAAUAUGAUAUUGGAUUUUUUUCCCGGGAAUACCACAGUUAUUGCAUCUUUCUUAGCUAUCAAGAAGAUUGGCCCGCCUGGAUCAUCGAUGGAAUUUAAUAAGAAAGCUCCCGUGAAGGUAAGGGGUAAAAAGGCCAAGCUGCUUCAAACUGCAGCUGCUUCCAACCCAAGCGAAGGUCAACCCAACACUCCGGCUCCGCAACUAGAAAACGAAGAUACCAAAGACGCAGAUAUUGCAGCUGGGGAAGAUUCCAAGGCGGCAGAUGCCCCGUCAACCCCCAAUACUGCGCCCUCGCCUUCAGGGACUAAACCUAAAGCUAAGGAGUCUAACGUUAAAGAAUACUACCAGCCUGUCACACUGCGAUUACAUGCGAACAACCCCAGGACACUUGAACCUCUAGGUCGUGUUGUAAAAUCUCCGAGUGAGGUGCGGGAUUACAUGAACAACGUUAUGGAUAAGAUUGAACGGGCUGAUAUUGAGUACCUUGCCUUCAGGCUGCCACGAUACCAGCGACGAGGCCCCAGUGCUGCCACAGGAGAUGAAAUAAAACCCAUAGGCCCUACUCGAGGCUCUUCGAAACAUAAUGGGGCAGAGGAUGAGUCAGGUGUGGCAACUCCUCGGGCAGUGGAUAGAGGUAAUGGUGGUAGUAAACCGGUCGAAGAAGAAGUGCUGCAGAAUCAUUAUGAUCUACCGUCCGGCCUCGUACCACUCAGAGCGUGA